AUAAAAUAGGUAGUUCAGACGAACCCAUCAGCAUUUAGCUGCGAUAGCCCGCAAACUAAGCAUCAUGUUCAAAUUGUUCUUCUUUGCUGCCGUCUUGGGCAUUUCCGCCGCUAGCCCCAGCGGUGUAUUAAGCUAUGGUGGAUCCUAUGGCUACGCUGCCCCAGCAGUGGGUUACGCGGCACCGGCUUUGAGCUAUGCCGCCCCAGCUGUCACAGCUGUAGCCACCCAAGCUGUUGCCGCUCCAGCUGUCGCAGCUGUUGCCACUCCCGCCGUCGCAGCUGUUGCCACCCCAGCCGUCCGUGUUGCCACUCCAGCCGUCGCAGCUGUUGCCACCCCAGCCGUCCGUGUUGCCACUCCAGCCAUCGCAGCUGUUGCCACCCCAGCCGUCCGUGUCGCCACCCCUGUCGCCACCCCUGUUGCCUACACCGCACCCGCUGUAUCGUACACUGCUCCCGCGGUCUCUUACACCGCUCCUGCAUACUCUUACUCCGCUCCCGCGGUCUCUUACACUGCCCCCGCUCUUUCCUACACUAGAUCCGUAGUUGCAUCUCCUGCAGUUGCAUACAGCGGAUAUGCUGCUCCCAUCGCUUACUCUGGAUACAGCUACGGUGCCGCUUUCCCCUACGGCUACUGGAAGAAACUAUCAAUUAACAUAGUUCCCACUCCAGAAUUAUCUAGUGCGAACAAGUUUAUCUUCGCCGCCGUGCUCGGGCUUUCCGCCGCUAAGCCUGGUAUCUUUGCACCUGUGGCUUACUCAUCUCCCGCCGUGGCAUACCCAGCAGCCGCUGUUGCCGCACCCGCGGUAGCCGCUCCAGCUUUCGCUACAUCUGCCUUCGCCACACACGCUGUUGCCGCUCCAGCUAUCGCCGCCCCAGCUGUCCGUGUCGCCGCACCCGCCAUUGCUGCUCCCGCAUACGCCGCCCCCGCAUACGCCGCCCCCGCAUACGCUGCUACCGCGUACGCUGCGCCAGCUGUUGCCACUACCGCAUUCGCCACCCACGCAGUCCACGCGCCAGCAGUGCGCGUUGCCGCCCCAGCCGUCGCUUACUCCGCACCAGCCGUCGCUGCCGCUCCCGUCCAUUACUCUGGAAUAGCCGCCGCUGCUCCAGUCGCUUACACUGGUUACGGUUACGGCUACCCCUCAUACUACGUCAAGAAACGUUAAGAACUAAAUUCUUAUGAAUGAUCGCCAAUAAAUAGUAUUCUAUACUGAACUAACGUGUAAAGAAAAAUAAAUGUGUUCUUAGAUAAGUUA